AUGGCGGCAACCACUACUCCGAAGAAGACUACAUCCUCCCGAGCCAAGGGGAAACAAAUGCUCGAGGUGACGAAUGCCGCUGGGACGUUCGAAGUGGAUGUCAACCGGUUCGACACCGACCGGAUGUGCGGCCCGGACCACCGGGACCCCAGGCUCCUUGGGGAUCCUUGCCAAGGAACGCACGACCCAGCUCCACCGGGUCGCGGCUCACCGACGGGCUCCAACGCCCAUGCAUACUGGGUGGCAUGCAAUCGAUGCCAACUCCGGCUCUUGUAUGUCCCCAGCUACGGAGCCCACGGCCUGACAAGAGCAGCAGGUCCGUUACCUUCGGACACGGCAGCCAAGGUGAAGGAGUUGGGAAACUCAGCGGCUUACAGCCCAGAGAUGCGCAACAAGAACGUGGGCUUGGAUGCUGCCGAGAAUUCCUUGAUGAAACGCUUGGAAGUCAUCCGAGCUCAGAAGGAGCAACAUCGUCAAGGCAAGCCGGAGACGAAACCAAAGGCCAAGGCAACUCAGGGCUACAUCAAGGAAGAGCCGCCGAGGGAUCCGGAAGUCAUGAGCCAAACGCCUGGUCGGAAGGGUCGCAAACCCGAGGAUGCAGCAGAGCUCCUGGAGUACCAGAACCGGAGCGAGAUCCGGUACAAGGCCGAAGAGACUUUGGAUCUUGGAGCAGUGCUUUCAAAGUAUGACCUCAUUCCCAAGAAUGUGAACAUGGAUCCUCGCACUGUGCUCUUACAGAAUGACACGGUCCUUGAGAAUUUGGCCAUGGCGAUGAGCAGUGAUCUCCAACAGAAUGAGCUCGUCCCUGACUAUGACGACAUCGAGAAUGAGGUGCCUGACUAUUUGCUCGUACCUUUGAGGUACUAUGAGGCUCCGGGAGAGGAGCAGGGGACCGAUGACGAGCAUGGAUAUGGUCCAGAAAAGUUAGAAGAUUUGGCACCGGAAGACCAGAACUUCAUCGAGGAGACACUGCAAGAGAAGAGGGCAGCUUGCAGAUGCUUCAAUGAGUUCCUGAGCCAGUCAAGAGUUUUUGGGGCACUGGAGGUGAAGAUUGAUAGAGAAGGCCUCAAGACCCUCACCGAGAAGGAGCUCGCUCAUUUGGCUGAAACGGCCUUGAAGCUUCAUCGUCUUUGUGGGCACCCCGGAAGUCACGCAUUGGUACGCACUCUCGCGGCCAAAGGAGCUGAUGGGAAGCUGCUUGCAGUAGCAGAGCAACUGAAAUGCAUGGAGUGCCUUGAGGGCACAAUGAAGAAAUCAUCGCCCAAGGUGUCUUUAGAGAAAGAGCAGAAGCUGUGGCGAACCCUCCAAAUCGACGCCUUUGUCCUUAAGAAAGGAGAUGCAGUACACCACUUCCUCCUGAUGCUGGAUGAGGCUUCGGGUUUCUCCGUGGUUUAUGAGAUGCAAUACUUUGGUGAAGCAAUUGGAGAUGUAGAGCGAGCAAUCGGAGAAUUGAAGAAGAAGAUGCUAGCAUACCUCCGGCAGGACAAUUCUGCUGAACCACGCCUUGCUGCGUACGAGAUGUGUGCUGCACAUAAUCGUUUUGCUAGAGUGAGUGGAUUUUCCCCAAUUCAAUGGGCUUUUGGCCGAGACCUUUCUGAUGAUCCUGGAUUCGCGACUUUGAACGCAGCUGGUGAUCCAACCUCAGAAAUGAACAAGAACCUGCAGCUAAGACUUGAUGCUGAGGCUCAAUAUCGAAAGAUGCAGGCUAGGGCAAAGAUCUCUCGUGCUUUGAACGCCAAACCAGACCGAUCGACGCAGUACAUUCCGGGAGAUCUGGUUUACUACCGGAGAUACAAAUUCCCCAAAGAUACCAUAGCACAUCGAGAACUUGAUUUACCUCAAGGAAGCCAUUUCCGGUGGUUUGGGCCUGCACGAGUUUUAGCCUGCGAAACCCGAGUCUCUGAAGAUCCUCUCCUUCGUCGACCUGGCAACGUGGUGUGGAUCAUAGCCCAAGGAAGACUCAAAAGGGCUCACACGUCGCAACUCCGGCAUUCCAGCGAGAGAGAACGGUUGAUUGCAGAGGCAACCUCGGCCCCGACACUUCCCUGGACGUUCACCGCUCUAGGACAAACCCUCGACAGGGGCCAGUACGAGGACCUGAUCCAAGACAAACCUCCCACUGGCCAAAGGACGAGACGGGGUCGUUCAGCGGUGAGAAGCCGAAGCAGAGGACCACCUGUCCAUCAACCUCCUGCUCAACGAGAUCCUCUUUCAGAACCUCUUAUUCCUGCCGCUCGACCAGAAAUCAAACAGACUUCAGAUGAUUCAGAAGAAGAGCUCAUCCCUGUUCCAGAGGAGUCAAGACCUCUGAACCAGAGUGAAAUGCUGCCAGAAGAGCCAGAAACACCCAUGGACGUUCAACGUCUUCUACAUGAUCCGACUUACAUGCCGAUGAAGAGGACUUCAACAGAAGACCUGGCGGCCAAGAGAAGUGAAUUUCUUCGAGCUCGGCAUCGACAUGAGAUGGCAGACAG